AAUCUGGUCUUUUUCUUUGGCCACCUUCAACACGUUUAAAUUGGUCCCAAAAAAACCACUAUUGUUCAAAAACUCCAUCUCUCAUUCUUCCCCAUCUCUCUUCCUCUCCACCAUGAAAUUUUCUGCACCCACCAAUUAUUUGAUAAAAUUUCUCUAUGGCUGCCUUUUGGUACAAUAGCAUCUUUCUGAUCCUCAGCUUUUCCUUGGUUUCAUUCUUUCCAUGUAGCAUUUAUUCACUCUCCACUCUAUCAAUCUCUGAGACUUCAAAUCAAACAUUAGUCUGUGCGCUCAUACAUCCCAACAACCAGCCUUCCUUUCUCAAUUGUACUAGUUUUCCUAGUGGAAUUCGAAUUCCUGUCGACAAGAAUGCUUCUUCUUCCUUCAGUGGUAUAGUUGCUGGAGAUGGGUUUUUAUGCUCGUUGAUGUCCCCGUCUUCUCCCCCCAAUACUUCAAUUUUGAUUUGCUGGAGGUUCUCUGCCAAUGGUACUAACAUGAUCCGCAAGCGUAUCUACAUCGGUCCGGCUCUCAAGCAACUUGUUGCUGGAAAUUCCCAUGUAUGCGGCCUGGUUAAUGGGAGUACAAGCCGCGUCGAAUGCUGGCAAUGGCACAGAUUCAAUUCAAACACGAGGAAUCGACACAGCUAUGACUUCUCAAGCAUCUCCGUGGGAGAGAAUUUUGUAUGCGGGGUAUCAAAAAUUGGGAAAGUUACUUGCUUAGGAAGCAAUAGUAAAGUGGUUGGAAACGAGCCUAGCUGGAAUUGCAGUGCUGUAAGUGCAGGGUUCAAUCAUGCUUGUGGCAUCUCAUCGGAGAAUGGUAGCUUGCAUUGUUGGGGAGAUAUGAAGGGUGAUAAACCACAAGAGAAAUUCACAUCUCUGGCCUUGGGAGAGAACCGCAGUUGUGCUCUCAGGACUAAUGGAACAGUUGUUUGCUGGGGUGAAAAUAACUUCAGCUUGCCUGUGGAUCUGCAAGAUACUUAUUUCGUAGCAAUUGAAGCAAAACGAAAUGUCUUCUGCGGAGUGCUGUCAUCUAAUUUUUCCUUGCAUUGCUGGGGCAGCCCAAAUUUUGAUGCCUCAAACAAUUUCACGGUGUUCGAGAGUGACGUGAAGCCAGGGCCGUGUACAAGGGAGUGCCCAUCAUGGAGCAAUGCAUUACCAGGCUAUGGUAGAUUUUGUGAACACGGAUAUGUAGUUUGCCAAACCCAUGAAGGGAACGAAGAGCCGCCUGAUCAACGACUAUUUCCACAGUCACCGGCACCAGAGAUCGAGAAGCCCCCAUCAUCAUCAGGGAGUAAAUGGAGCAAGAAAAUGGUGGCUUUUCUUGUAGUGGGGUGUGUCGGCUCCAUAGCUUUCGUUUUGGUAUGUUGUUUCUUGGCGUUCAAGUUUUGCAAAAUUAGAGGAAGCCGCAUUCAUGACUCGGGCCCCUUGGAGAUGACCCAGUUACAAGGUCAUCAUAGUAAUCAAGGCGCCGUUGCCGCUAAUGCUGCCGCAGCUGUAGUGGCAGGGCAGCCGGUGUUGGAGAAGCGGCUGAGCCAUGGGGUGAGCAUGGGUGCCAAUGGGGCUUCUUUGGAGGAAUUUUCAUUGGAAGAACUUCUAGAAGCCACUUCUAACUUCUCCGAAGAACACAAAAUCGGAACAGGCAGCUAUGGCUCAGUCUACUACGCCAGAUUAACUGACGGCCGCCAAGUGGCCAUCAAGCGCGCCGAGACCUCAGCCUCCUCCUCCUACGUCGGUGGACAUGCAAGGCGCCAGGAGGACAAAGACAACGCUUUCGUCAACGAGCUCGAAUCCCUCUCCCGCCUCAACCACAAGAACCUAGUCCGCUUGCUUGGCUUUUUCGAAGACACAAAAGAGCGCAUUUUGGUGUACGAGUACAUGAACAACGCCACUCUCCACGACCAUCUCCACAAGCUCCCACACUCCCCUCUAGUCUCAUGGGCCGCGCGCAUCAACGUGGCUCUCGACGCAGCCCGAGGCGUUGAGUACCUCCACGUGUACGCAGCCCCACCAGUCAUACACCGUGACAUCAAGUCGUCCAACAUAUUACUGGACGACACAUUGCACGCCAAGGUGUCGGACUUCGGGCUAUCCUUGAUGGGCCCGGAGGACGAUGAGUCGCACCUCUCACUCCGGGCAGCCGGUACAUUCGGGUACAUGGACCCAGAGUACUAUCGGCUGCAACAGCUGACCACGAAGAGUGACGUGUACAGCUUUGGAGUGGUGUUGCUAGAGCUGUUGUCGGGUUACAACGCAAUUCACAAGAAUGAAAACGGGGUGCCAAGAAACGUUGUGGAUUUUGUGGUGCCGUACAUUGUGAACGAUGAGAUCCAUCGGAUAUUGGACCCGAAAAUGCCCGCCCCGAACCCGUUUGAGAUCGAGGCCGUGGCAUACGUUGGGUACUUGGCGGCGGAUUGUGUAAGUUUGGAAGGAAGGGACAGGCCAUCCAUGACUGACAUAGUGAGUAGCUUGGAAAGAGCGUUGAGUUUUUGCUUGGCAAGCGUUUCUCGCUCUUCUUCCACGACUCAGUCUUCCACGUAGCUUCCACGCCAUAUGAAAUGGUCAAUUUUUUGUAGAGCAAUUUUUUUAAAAUUCUUUGUAACGCAUAUAUUGAUUUUUUUUGCUUAUUAGUCAAGGCAAACUCUGUAUAUACCCCACACAAAAAGUGUGCAUGUAAAUUUCAACUUAUAAUUUUCUCUUCUUUCUUCGGCCAAACCAAAUUUUCUUUUCUUCAA